AUGGCGAAAACAAAAUCCUCACGCCGCAAGGCCGCAACAACUCCGAGCUCAUCGGGCGCUUCUACUCCAAGCUCCGCAUCCUCCGGCCCGAUCCCUCCCUUCACCAAAGUCCCCUCCAUACUCGAGCCCUUUGUGAAGCCCCUAUCCUCCGACGAAGUAUACCUGAUCCAUAUCGAUACAACAAAUACCGAUCAAAAAUGGCAGACCUACCUUGUGCCCUUGGUCACGAACAUAGCGAUCACUAUCGCCAUCGCGAUACGAGUCUACUUUGGAAUCAGCACCUACCCAGCCCUCAUCAAGGCCUUUUUUGGAUUUCAAAGCCAUCUCAGUGUAGAUGAAGCUACUAUCUCAUGGUUCGAAAUGAUUGUACUCAUCGUCCGCCGCACGGGCACCCUAUUCUUCGACUACGUACUCGUGUUCCAGCUCCUGACCUGGCCCAUCCAGUUCGUCUUGGGCCCUACCCACUGGCGCCGUGCCGUCGGAUUCCAGGAUCGAGAAAUCAUCGUCCGUCGCAGCAACUCCAGCUGGAGUCAGAAGCUCGAGCGAAACAAGUGGAUCCGUGAGAACGAGGCCAUGCGCGAUAAGAUCGUGGCUGCUGUGACGCCCGAACGCAUCGGCAAGACCGGUACCCUGCUCAUAGACGACGACUGGAAUCUUGACUUCGACGCCAUGGUUAACGCUCAUUCGUUGGUUGGGCGUAUCAGCAGGGGCAGGACUGAUGGUGUGCAGCUGGACGAGUUCCGCACUGCGGUGCUGGUGCACACCGAUGCCGAUGGCUGGUUGAUUUGGCGGGUCGGCGAUGAGAACACCCCGGCCAACAAGAAGCGGUCGGCACAGCGGGAUCAGAUCAUGGCGUUUCAGACCAGGCUCACUGCGAUGGGCAAGGAGGAUCUGUUCUUCCGCUGGGUCGAGCUAGUACAGUGGGAAAGCUCACAGCCUGGUGGUUUUACCCCGGAGAGGCAGAAAUCCGCCAUGGCCCAAGCGCAAAAGAUGUUCGCUGAAGAGAAUGUGGAUUUCAGUGACUUUUGGGAAGAAACGGACGGAACGGAUGGCGUUGAAAGCAUGGAUUCAUGA